AUGGCGUUUAGCUCUGACUCCAGAAAGCGAAGGAGAAGUCAUCCACACCCAUAUCUGAGCGGAAACUUUGCUCCUAUACAACAGACGCAGCCUCUCACACCCUGCACGUUUACUGGGACAAUACCACAAGAGCUAUGGGGAGGCGAAUAUGUCCGGAAUGGAGGCAAUCCUGUCUCCAAUGAGGAUUUGGGAAGAGACGCCCACUGGUUCGAUGGAGAUGGUAUGCUCAGUGGUGUGGCCUUCACAAGGAAGAGUGAUGGUGUACAACCUGAGUUCGUCAACCAAUACAUCUUGACCGAUGUCUACCUCUCCACAGUAACCUCCAAGCAUCUUCGCACUCCGAUUCUACCUAGCAUUGCUGCUCUUGUCAACCCACUCACGCCCUUGAUCAAGAUCGUCUUUCUCGUCUUCCGCACAAUAUUUCUCGUCAUUCUAUCAAGACUACCUGGCUCUCUCCAAUCAAUCGAGAGAAUCAGCGUGGCCAACACCGAUAUCAUCUUCCAUGAUGGGAGGGCUCUUGCUACUUGUGAGUCAGGUCCGCCAAUGCGUAUUGCUCUUCCUGGACUCGAGACCGUGGGCUGGUAUAAUGGAAAGACGGCAGAAGGCGAGCAUGAGGGCGAGGAUGGUCCCGGUUUCGGAGGAAAGGGCCUUACAGGCUUUAUGAAAGAAUGGACCACAGCCCAUCCACGUGUUGAUCAAAGAACUGGAGAGUUGAUCCUUUUCCACUCGACAUUCAUCCCUCCAUACAUUCACUACUCCAUCAUCCCCGCUACCCACCCUCCUGCCACUCCAGCAACACCUCUUGAGACACCCACAAGGCUUCUGAAUGCUCCAGUACCCGGUGUAUCAUCGGCCAAGAUGAUGCACGACUUCGGCGUUUCCCGCAAUCAUACAGUCAUUAUGGACUUGCCGCUUUCAUUGGAUCCCUUGAAUCUGAUCAAGAAUUUACCAACCGUUGCAUACAAUCCAUCGGUGAGCUCCAGGUUUGGGGUCUUCCCUAGACAUCAGCCACAACUUGUGCGUUGGUUCAAUACAGAUCCCUGCUGUAUCUUUCAUACAGCCAAUACCUGGGAUGACCAAGCCAUGGACAAAGUAACUGGUCAACAGACGACAACUGCAGUCAACAUGUUGGCAUGUAGACUCACGUCCGCAUCACUAGUUUUCUCUGCCGGAGAUAUUGCUGCUCCACAGCCAGUCGUCCUGGAAACUUGCGCAGAAGAAGAUCAGUGCCGGCUGUAUUAUUACCAAUUCUCUCUGGCCAACUCUCACCGCAACGAGAUCAAUUAUCAGUUCGCAUUGAGCGCUAUUCCCUUUGAAUUCCCAAGCACGCGGGAAGAUAAGGCAAUGGGCAAGUCGAGAUUCAUUUACGGGUGCUCAACAUCCCAGGGCUCAUUUGGCGCUGCUCUUGGUCGUGCUGUCAAAAUUGAUUGUCUUGUCAAGAUUGAUGCCGAUACAUUGGUCAGAAGAGGUAUCAAAGAUCCAAGCUUACGUCCUGUUACAGGAUGCGUCGAUACUAGGUCUAUAAGUGAGGUUCUUGAAUCAGACCUCCAGGAAGAUCCUAUCAGGAUCUUUAAGUUGCCCCCGGGCUGCUUUGCCCAGGAACCACGCUUUGUGGCUCGGCAAAAUGCCCAACGAGAAGAUGACGGUUUCUUGCUGACCUACGUAUUCGAUGAAUCUCAACUCGAUACUGCUGGCGAAUGUUUACCCAAUGCCAAGAGCGAGCUGUGGAUCAUCGACGCGGGAGAUAUGCAUACAAUCAUUGGCCGUGUGAAGUUGACUCAGAGAGUGACUUAUGGUCUUCACGGGACCUUCUUUAGCGAGAACCAAGUCACAUCUCAACGGCCGGUUGAAACGAUUCGUGCUUUGAAGCAUCCCAAUGGACAGAUCGAUCAUGGUCUAUGGGCUACGGUGAGAGACAGACUUGAGCGAUUGGUAGGAUGA